GUCCCCGCCGCUUUGGCGCGAACGUUGAGUUCCCGCCACGCGCCCUGCCGCCAACAUGGCUCCGCCGCGCCCGCAGCGCCGAGGUUGCUGGGGAAGGAGAAACUUCACGGCGUUCCGAAAUACAAAGCUGAUCCCCAUGGAAACGUCCUCAUCCUCUGAUGACAGUUGUGACAGUUUUGGUUCUGAUAAUUUUGCAAACACAAAAUGCAAGUUUAGGUCGGAUAUUACAGAAGAACUGGCAAAAAUCUUUUAUGAAGCCUCUGAUGAUGAAUCCUUCUGCGGCUUUUCAGAAAAUGAGAUUGAAGAUGCAUUGAAACUGGAACCAGAUUCAGAGGAGAAUGAUGGAAGUGCUGAAAGUGAGGUAGCUCAAGGAGUGCGGAAAUACCCUGCUCCUCUAAAAGUAGCUAUGAAGUUUCCACCUCGAAGAUCAGAAAGGAGGAAGGCUGAGAUGGAAAGUCUUCCUGAAAAGCUGAUGCCUGCUCCGGAUUCAGACUCUGAUUCUGAAGAAAAGGGCUCUGUGUUUUUAGAAAAAAGAGCUUUAAACAUCAAGGAAAACAAAGCAAUGCUUGCAAAACUAGUGGCGGAGUUGCAAAGUGUUUCUGGUAUCUUUGGUGGGAGAAGGUCAUUGCCAACUGCCAGUCAAGGGCCAAAGCGACUUCCAAGACGUUCAUUACCCAGAAGUGCGUUGAGGAGGAACCCAGAUCGAAGUUCUCGGCCUCACACAAGAUCCAGGUCUCUGACUGAAGGUCCUCCUACUCCUUUACCAGAAGAGGACGAUGAUGACCGGUACUUCCUAGUGAGAAGAAGGACAAUGUCUGAUGAAUACAUGGAGCAUGAUGCCCAAACUCCCAGGAGGGGUCACCGUGGUGCCAUGGCUCUUCCACACAUUGUGCGCCCGGUUGAGGAGAUAACAGAGGAGGAGCUGAAUAACAUUUGUGGAUCUGCAAGAGAGAAAGUGUAUAACAGGGCCAUGGGAUCCACCUGUCAUCAGUGUCGCCAAAAAACCAUAGAUACCAAGACAAAUUGCCGUAACCCCGAUUGCAUAGGGGUACGGGGCCAGUUCUGUGGGCCAUGCCUCCGCAAUAGGUAUGGGGAAGACGUCAGAACAGCGUUGCUGGAUCCGACCUGGAGGUGCCCACCGUGUCGUGGAAUCUGCAACUGUAGCUUCUGCAGACAGAGAGAUGGCCGAUGUGCUACAGGUGUGCUGGUCUAUCUGGCCAAGUACCAUGGCUAUGACAACGUCCAUGCCUACUUGAAAAGUCUGAAACAAGAACUUGGAAUGGAAGACUGAAGCUGUGAUUGCCUUUAAAUUACGUACUCUUUCACCAAUGCCAUAUUAUUGCCUACAGUGAAUCAUUUAAUCAAAUGAGAUUACAAAGCCAGUGCCUUUGUUCCCUCCCCUUUGGGGCAAAAAUAGUGUAUCUCAGUGCAAAUCACACUUGGAGAAACUGUUUAAUGAGGGGCUUUGCCCACAGGCCAUUGUUUUCUUUUUAAACAACUUUUGCAAAACAGAAAACCGGAUAGCAUCAGUUCUUGCUUUCAUGCCAACAACAUUUUUUUUUUCUGAAAGAAGAUGGGACUUUAAGCCAUUGGAGUUCUAUUCAUGCAGUAAUCUGUGCUGCAGGUUUAUUUAUGCUUUGAAGUUGAUCACAAAAAGACAGAGAUGCUCUGAACAUUUCAGGGCAUUGUUCCCCACAGAACCAAGCAGGGAAAGGUGUGUGCUUAACUCCUGGCCAACUUCUGCUGCAGUAGACUCUUACUGAACAUAAAUGAUCAAAUGGAAGCUAACAAUUCUCUAAAACAGCAACUCAUUUUUAAGUUCAAAAAGGAAGCCCUAAAGGUUGCGGUCGAGCAGUCUCCAAUCAUUAACAUUUGGUUUUAUAGAGUACUUAAAGUGCACAUUGGCCAUUUUGAAGGAGAUUCUUUAGCGAGUGACUUAAAUUGUAGCAGAAGCAACUGGGGGUAGGCACUUUUGUUCUGUGUUUUCUCAGAUGAGAGGAGGCCACUGCUGAAAGCUUCCGUAGCACUGCACUAGAGUUGUCUAGUGAUGACAGUAAUCUGAAAGUGCUGGUAUGCAUCACAGUGACCACUUAAAUUACUGUUGUUUUUUUGGGUUCUCUUUUCCCUGCUCUUGCUGCCAACUGAAGACUUGCUUCUGUGCAGAAUCAGCCCAGGUCCUGGCAAAGGAGGAUGUUUGGCUAAGUAGAGGAGUAGUGGUUUGUUUGGCCGUUGACCAACUACAAGCGUAUUAAAGGUGGCAACUUGUUGAACUCUGUCAGGAAAAGGGGCAAUGACAAACAGUCAUUGGAAUCAGAAGCCUUAGUUUUCUUUUACCUAUGAACAAAAUGAAAAAGUAAGGACUUCGUAAGCUACAGUCCAGCUUAAAGUGAAUUACUCUUUCACUUCCAUAGAGCUUCGCAAACAUAAAUAGAUAAUGUUCUCAAAAGACAUACCCUGGCUGUGGUAACAGAUAAAGAACACUUGAUCAAAAUGCUUUUAAAAAUGAAUAAGAAGGGAGAUGUAAAGGUUGCGUACAGUUUGUGAGCACUUAUAAAUGUGAUUAGUGCUGUGGUCUCCUUAACAGUCCAUCCAUACUUCUAUUUGUAUCUGGCUCCCUGUGAUCGCAGAAGGGUAUUUUGCGUGAUGUUGUUAAUGAAGCAUGAGUACAGCAAAAACUGAGCUGAAGAGUAUCUGGUGUUGCAUGGACAGCGUCUUCUAGUCUACAGCAGUGAGUGCAUAAGGUGCCACAAAAAUUGUAUCUGGAGAACCACAGUGUAUAAUUGCGCUUAGUUUGGUAAUGGAAACUACUGUAUAAGCUUUGUAUAAGGUUUAGAAUGCAAUGUUAUGCAUAAUGUACAGUUGAAUAGUAGGGAGAAUCAGCUUGGAUUUAUUGAGCACUAGAACAAAACAUGGCUUUUGACCCCUCUGCUUGCACAGUAUGUGUACUGUGUGUGUAUAUAAUGACCCAUGAUUUAUACCUUUCUGGGAACUAGAUCAGUGUGUGUGGGAGGGGGAAGAGAGAAGAAUUCGGACACAAGAUACUUAUGUCUCAGACUUGAAGAUCUGUUUCAUAAAUCAUCUGUGCUAUUGAAAAUCUCCUGUCCUCUGUUUUUGUAGCGUGAAGAGCUGUGCAAUCUAAGGUGGAGUGUGAUCUACCCUCUAGGUACAUUUCAUGAAGAAGGAACUCUAGAAGUACAUGUUCUGACAGAUAAAGAGUGAUUUUUCUAAUUGCUGGUCUUCCCUUCUGAUUGCUAGAGCUUGAAAGGACUGUGCUAAAAGCAAACCCUUGCUUUGUAUCCUGGAGCCUGCUGUAUUAAGAUUUUUUUCGUCUGCAAAGCUGUAUGAAGGUUUUUAUUUUGAAAAUAAAAAUUUUCUGGGUUAG